AUGUCCUCCAUGCGCAAUGCCGUCCAGCGACGGCAACACCGCGAGCGUGGCCAGCUCGGCGGGCGUGAGAAAUGGGGUAUUCUCGAGAAGCACAAGGACUACUCUCUCCGCGCCAAAGACUACAAUGCCAAAAAAUCCAAGAUCAAGCGCCUGGAAGAAAAGGCGCGCGAUCGCAACCCGGAUGAAUUCGCCUUUGGCAUGAUGGGAGACCGGAACCAUGUGCAGGGCCGGCACGGACGAGGGAAAGGUGUGGGACGGGACUCGGCUGCUGCGCGCGGACUGAGUCACGAUGCUAUCAAGCUGCUCAAGACGCAGGAUAAGGGUUAUUUGCGCACAGUUGGGGAGCGGGUGCGUCGGGAGAUGGAGCGUCUGGAGCGCGACGUGCAGCUGCAGGGUGGGAUGAGCGAGGCACUAGACGGGAAGGAUCAGCGUGACGAUGAAUCUGAGGAGGACGAGGACGAGUUUGAUGGAUUCGACGACGUUGGGUCUGCUCCGAAGAAGCCGCGCAAGACGGUCUUCGCGGAUGAUCGGCAACAACAGCAGGCAUUGAAAAAACACCGGCUGCAGGAUGAUGGGACAGAUGAGGAGAACGAAAAGGAACAGACAACUCCUCGGAAGACACCCAAGCAGCUCGAGAAGGAGCGGCAAGCACUGGUCGAGGCUCGACGGGCUCGCAAACUCCGCAAACGGGCUGCUGAGACCCGUGAGAGUAAACUGGCUGCGCUGCGCAAACAACAUGCAGAGAUCCAAGCUGCCGAGCAGGAACUGGACUGGCAGCGGGCGCGGAUGGACAACUCGGUGGGAGGCACGAAUAAGCAUGGCAUCAAAUGGAAGAUCCGGGAGCGCAAGCGCUAG